CGUCAGACAAGGUACCUCGCUACGGGAACCACACUUUCAAUAUAUAAAAUCGAGAUCAAGAUGACCGAUGUAAUUGAUGGAACAGGAGACGUCAGCCCAGCGCUGGCGCUUGCAGCCCCAACGAUCCAAGGUGGUCUCACUCCGGAGGCUGCAAGAUUGUUCCGGGUAUAUCGCACGAUUGCAAACAUGCUUGACAAGCGUGGUUAUAUGGUACCGAAGACACUUCGGGAGAUCACCCCAUCGGCAUUUAAAGAGCGAUUUGGCGAAUAUCCAAGUAGAGAGAAUCUCACAAUUCUGGUCGAAAAAGCCGACGAUGACACAAACCAGCUUUUCAUAUUCUUUCCUGAAGACGAAAAGGUAGGAGUGAAGCCAAUAAAGGUGUACACUGAUCGUAUGCGUGCGGAGUCUGUGUCGAACGCCAUUAUAAUUCUUCGGGUAGAUAUAACCCCAUUUGCGAAACAAGCGGUUCAAGAGAUGAGUGACUCGUUCCGUAUCGAGCACUUUAAGGAAUCGGAGCUGCUGGUUGAUAUCACGAAGCAUCAGCUUGUUCCUGUGCAUCAAGUUUUGACUCCUAAUGAGAAGAAUGAAUUGCUGAAACGAUACCGACUGAAGGACAGUCAGCUUCCUAGAAUUCAAUCCAACGACCCAGUCGCGCGCUACUACGGAAUGAGACGGGGCCAAGUGGUAAAAAUUAUUCGACCGUCGGAAACUGCCGGUCGCUACGUCACAUAUAGAAUCUGCAUGUAGCUCGGGCAAUGUGUAGGCGGAAGACUGGAUUUAAUAGCAGUAGAAUGAAGAGAUAACAGAAGGGCAUUCAUUUCAGCUG